UUGCCUGACAUCUUAAUUCGGCGAACACACAGCAAUUUCGUGAUUUGGCUGUAUGCUUGGGAUGGAGAAAGGGACUGUUUUUUGGGGUUUUUAUUCAGAUGGGGUUGACCAACUUGAAAGAAUGAAACGCUGUUGGCAGAAAGUAGAUGAUGUGUGUGUAGUCACUGUGGCUGAUCUGACAGACAUGACAGAGUGUUGACAAGUUCUCCGACAUUUGGGUUUCAACUUUUGAAGCAGUGAUUCGGCUCAGAACGUCACACCGACCCGGCAUUGCCUGCAUGCAGCUUGCUGAGUUUAGGAUAUUUCUCUAUCAAUUUGUUCUGGCUUCACUGAGGAGGAGUUUGGUAUGUUAGAUGAGUAACCUGAAUGAUCGUGAGAGCUUUACAUUUCCAUGAAGUGUCAUUUCCACAAUCUUGCCGGUUGUCUGGAUAGAGAUUAACAUGAGGUAACUAGCUCCUGAUCAGCUAAGCAAUGACCGUUCACUCUGCGUCCAUUCCUCUGGUCAUCCAACCAUCUGUCCUUCCCUUCCCAGCAUCCCUCAGUCACCAUCCCCAUGUCGCAGGCCUACGGUCGCAUGUACCACCCCACUCCCCACCACCACACCCACCACCACCCUCCCCACCAUCAGGUGCACUCCCAGGGUCCACCCUACCGUCCAUCAGGUGAGUCCCCUCCCCACCCUGGGGGCUACCCCCACCGAGGCUAUCACCAGAACCACUACGGCAGUCCGCCCCCACGGCCGGGCCCCUCCCACUACAACAACACCGUCUCUGUCUACUCCGUCCCGAAGCCGUCCCGCCCCUAUAACAACUACAGCAACCGGCGUGGCCGCAGUGGUGGCAACACAGGGCGUGGUGGUUACCAUAACAACCACAACAAUCAUCACCAUAGCAACCACAACGGCCAAGGCUACAACAACCACGCCCAUAACAGCUACCGGCCACACCCGCCGGACUUUGACUUAGAGUGGGACCAUUACGAUUUUAACGCCGAGAAACCGAAAGGCAAGCAAACGUCCCGACAGAGGAACUCUUACUCACAACACGGUGGUGGUCCGACAUUGGCUGAUGCAGAGUUGGAAUGGGAUGACUACGAUCUAAGACCUAAAGAAGAAGAAGAAGAAGAAACAGUUGAAACGCUGGACUACAUUCUGACAGAAGGAGUUUUUCCUUUGAUCGGUGUUGUCACCAAGGCUCCUCUCUCCCGCGGCCAUAUUCCCCUGGGUGCCAUCCAAGUCUGUCGUUUCCCCCAAGGAGGCGCAUCCUUUAAGACUCUCGCUUCCUCAGACCACCUCUCCAAAUCCCUCCGACUCAACAAAGAACUUUUGGUGCUGACCAGCGAACUGAAUGAGGGCGCUCUGUUCUCAUCGGGACUAGACAGCCCAAGCGAGAGCAAAGACUUCCUGUUAGCUGACCUGGCAUUGACGCGAGACAAGGAUUCCUCUUCUAGUGCUACCGACACGCCUUCCAAGGACGGGGAGAGCGAGGGAGCAUCAAACGGCAUCUCAGAGGAGGAUCUCGACGAGGAUUUCCUGAACGACACCUACGAGUCUGGGUACCAGGAUCGUCUAGGUGAUAUCGAUCUUUACGCCCUCGCCCCGCACGAUUUCGACUCGCCCGAUUCGACGUUCAGCCGGUCUUUAGCCGACUUGACGGACAUCAGUCUAUAUGAAGAGCUUGGGAUUGACCCGAGUCUGCUGAGACAUACUCUCGAAAGGUCAAGGUCACUAGGAGAUGCAACGAGAGCACAAGAUGCCUCUAAAGACAGAAGUCUGAAGGGACUGAAAGCUAAGAAGAGGAAGAGGAAAGGAACAGAAAAGGUUGAGGAAUCCUCAGCAGCAGCCGGAGAUGAAGGCUCAGAGAGGAAGACUAAGAGAUUAGCUCCUAACUUCUUUGUGGCUGUUCAGGUCUCUAAUCCUCAGAUCCAUGAAGCCUUGAAAGACGUCCAACAGACAGUGGUGUCUGGAGAUGAGAAACUAAAAGAUGCCAUGGUUCCUAUAUCAACACUGCAUCUUACCAUCAUGGUGAUGCACCUAGCAACCGAGGAGGACGUUGAGAGAGCGAAGGUAGCCUUGAAUGAGUGCCAUCGACUUCUGAGCCCACGCUUCAUCAAGGAGAAGCUGAGCAUCCUAUUCGGAGGACUGGGCCACUUCAAUAACCAGGUCAUGUUUGCCAAGAUCAAGGAUCAGGAUAAUAUCUUGGAGAGUUUGUACGAGAUAGCAGACACGGUAGAGAAAUGUUUCUCUGAGUACCAGCUGGUCUCAACCGGUGAGCGUGGCUUCAAACCCCACCUGACUGUCAUGAAGUUAUCCCGGGCGCCCAGCCUGCGUAAGAAAGGUGUACGUAGGAUCAAGUCUGAGCUCUACAAGGCCCACAGCUCACAGGUGUUUGGAACCCAGGUGGUGGAAGGGUUACAGCUGUGUUCUAUAAAUAAACCCAAGACACCUGAUGGGUACUACUGCAAGGCUGCCGAAGUCUUCUUUGGAGAUCCAACCUGUAGACCAGACCGUGAUAUCCACACGAUAGCUGAAGGAGAGGAACCGGCCAUAGAAUCCUUGAAUGAAGCAUGCUCCUCAGCCACCAAUAUGUCAGAAUCAACUGACACAAGAUCAAGUCCAAAACGCGUCCUAGAAACAGAAGAAAAAAUGGAUUGCAAUGAUGGCGAAGCUAGUGUUAAAACACAGAUCAGCGACUCGCCGAAAUACGAACAUAUGUCAUCUAAUGAAAAACAGAAUAUAAGUUUGGAUGUUAAACAUCAGUCAUCAUCCCGUCCAAUAUGUGAAAGUGUAGUGAACAAUGAGAACUCUGUGUCUAAAGCUGAGGUGCAGAAGGGUGUCUGCCUAGAUAGUGACACAACCCAGGACACACCCAGUGGGGCAACCAGUGACACACCCUUUGCAUCACUUAGUGACACUGGCCACAACGGACCUAGUGACACUGCUGAUAGCACACUGGAGAACAUGUCCGGAGGCAUAACUAGUGAUACCACACCAACUUCUUUGAGCGAUGUGUCUGCCAUAGAGCCGUCGGCCCUGCUAAACGGUGAGAGAAAAUCCACAGAGUCUGCUAUGGAUUGUGGAACUGUUCAAAGAGGUCCGGGCGAUGUCCUCAAAACUGGGCCAACUGAAACAUGCUGAGAGCAACGUCCAUGUGGUAUCCAAGAGAUUUUGAUUUUACUCCCGAGGUAUUUGAGAGAUCGUGGAAAUUUGUUGAUUGAGGGGAUUGGAAAUGCCAAUCUUAAUGAAACAAAUGGUAAGUGCUUCCACUUUGUGACUUCAUUUAAUUGCUGUUUUGUGAAUGUAAAUAUCAAAAAUAGUGGUAUCCUAUUAAUAGUGCUUUAUUGGUAAAUUAAGGUUAUUGUUGAUUUUUUUUUUUACAAUGAAUAAUGUUUUGAAGUAUGCUUAAUCAUUCUUGUUCGAGAGUAAAAGGGGGCUAUUUGUGUUUGUCAAUGCACCAUUGUUUAUUUUACAAAAUCGGCCACGUUAGGGGUACUGAGUUGGACACAAAAGGCAACAUACUAACAAGCCCCAUGCAGCUUGUGUACAUACAUUUAUCCAAAAAUUUGAUGCAGUCACAAGAGGGCGCCAGACUUUAUCCAGUGUCAUACAUUGUCACAAGAGAGUGCCAGGCAUCCAUCUUGAAAAUUAUGCCUUUUUCGUAAGCUAGCAGUUGUGCAAAGAUGCCAGAAAUUGACGAAAGAGGGUGCCAGACAUCCGUUUUGCAAAAACAAUGCCCUUGUGGUAGCAGUAAUUGGGUUACGACAUCAUACGUUGUCACAGAGGGCACCAGACUUAACCAUUUUGUAAGCUAGCAGUUUUGGGUUAUGACAUCAAACCGUGUCACAUGAGGGCGCCAGACUUGACCAUUUUUGAAAGUCAUGCCAUUUUUUUUUAUCUAGACGUUGGGUUAUACUUUCAUCCUUUGCCACAAGAGGGCGCCAGAUUGGGAAACAUGAUAUCCACUGUGCACUUGAUUUUGAGCAAGCUUACCGAUAGACUUGUGCAAUACAUUUUCCUUGUAAUUCCUGAGACAACUGUGUUCAAUAUUAGGUGGAAUGACCUAAGAUACGCAGGAAAUAAUCCCGCAUAAAUUCUCAGAAUAACAUUUGGAAUUCUUGAGCUACCUAAAUGCUCAUUAGUCGAGACAACCUUCAAAAGUCAUUGCUACUCUUUAAUUCUACAAAGCGUACAAAAUUAAAUUGGUAUGAUAGACACAUGAUACCAGUGUUGUGAGGUAUAUGUACCUGCUCAGGUUUAUAAUCGGAUGUACACGUAAAACACAAACCUUGUGAAUUUUGACCUUUUUUAUGGGAGGACAUUAGCAUCUGCCCAACCAAGUUACUUUCCUUUUUUUUUCAUUUAAAAAUUUUCAUUUUUUUUUCGAUGGAAAAUUUUCCUGUUUGGUUGUGGGAAUGGAGCAAUAAUAAUUUAAAAGCAAAUUUGUACUGUUAAUUGUUAAAUUUCUUGGAAUUAGUUCGCAAGAUUUAUUGCUGUUCUGGAAGUAGGACUGACCGUUAGUUUUGUUGCUGAAAUUGUCCCUUUUUUCUCAUGUGUUUUGCUGUAAAAAUGUAGCAAGGCCAAUAUACAUGUAUGUCAUGCCUCUUAAGACUUGCGGAAAUUGAAAAUGAAAUUAGCCGUGGAUUCCUAAGUAAGUUUUGAUGGAUUCCUGUCAUUGAAACAAAAAUAAUUCCAAGAAAUAUCUGCCUUGUGAGUGCGAGGCAGUAGCUAGUAGAAGCAACAGAAUAAGGCCUAAAAAAAAAGUCUCCGGUUUCUGGUCUGCCCGCGUGUUGCCGUAGCCAUGCGCGUCGGCAAAAUUAACAAGUUUUUUUUUCAAUGAAAGAUGAUGUCUCAAAACC